AUGUUGAUUGAAGAUUCUUAUUAUGAUGUUAAGACGUCCUACGGGACCACCAUGAGAAUUUUUGUUUUCCAUCCAAAAGUUCCAAAUUACCCCAAUGUCAAGUUCCCCGGUGUUGUAGUUUACAGUGAAAUUUAUCAAGUUACUGGACCCGUUGCUCGUUUCGCUAGAGACAUUGCUGGUCAAGGCUUCAUUGUGGCUUGUCCUUCCAUUUACCACAAUUUCGAAGGCCCAGAAGCUUUGGCUUACGAUGAUGUGGGAACUGACAAGGGUAAUAAAUAUAAGAUCGAAAAGGAAUUGGCAUCAUAUGAUGAAGAUAACAAAUUGACCAUUGAUUAUUUGACUCUGUUGCCUACUUGUAAUGGGUUAAUUGGUGCCACCGGAAUGUGUUUGGGAGGCCAUUUGGCUUUUAGAUCUGCUGUCACUGAUCAAAGAGUUAAGGCUGCCACAUGUUUCUUCGCAACGGAUAUUCAUAUCCAUGCCUUGGGUAAAGGUAAAAAUGAUGAUUCUUUGGAACGGUGUGGAGAUAUUACUGGUGAAUUGGUGAUGGUCUUCGGUGAUAAGGACAAUCAUGUUCCAUUAGAGGGGCGUGAUUUGAUUCGUAGUCGUUUAAGACAAAAUAAUAUUGCCAUGACUUUCAUUGAAAUCAAUGAUGCUCAACACGCUUUUGUUAGAGAUGAAUUAAGUAAAGGUAGAUAUGAUCCUGCUGUGACCAAGCUUUGUUUCGAUUGGAUGCUUGAAUUGUUCACCAGAAAGUUGAAGUUAGAAUACGGUCAACAUGAUGGUCAAAAUCGGGUCAUUGAGAAUGUCUGUUGA